GGGCAGAGGCGCAGAGCCUGCAAUCUGCUGUCCCCCGUCGCCGCCGCUGCCUCGCCGUUGCAAUCGAGGCAAGAAAGUUAGGGAGUGCUGGCGUUGGGCAAGUCGCUCUGGGCCUCUGGGGAGACGGGGGCUGGAGGGGCGGCGAGAUGAUGGAGGCCGGCGGCGCGGGAGCGGGGGGAAGGGACGAGAGGGUGCCGCAGUGGGGCGUGCAGGAGACACGGGAGCUGAUCGUGGCGCGCAGGGAGAUGGAGCGGGAGGCCGUCGCGGCGCGCCGCAGCGCCAAGACGAUGUGGGAGGCCGUCGCGGCGCGGCUCCGGGAGCGAGGCUACCGACGAACCGCCGAGCAGUGCAAGUGCAAGUGGAAGAACCUCGUCAACCGCUACAAGGGGAAAGAAACUUCUGAUCCAGAAAAUGGUAGGCAGUGUCCCUUCUUUGAUGAGCUGCAUGCCGUCUUCACAGACCGUGCAAGAGAUAUGCAACGACAACUCCUUGAGUCUGAAUCUGGGGCUUCUGUCAAAAGGAAACUGAAGCAACCUGGUGGUGACCGGUCAUCUGGGCUGUCUGAUGACGAGGGCAAUGGUGGUGAAGAAAGUGAUGAGGAGAAACCGUUGCCCAGCAGGAAGAGGAAAGCUGACGACAAGAAACAGCAACAUCAAAGAAUGUCUGGGAAAUCAAGAGCAGGAUUUUCAAGCAUACAUGAACUGCUGCAGGAUUUCCUUGUGCAACAACAGCACAUUGAUGUCUGGUGGCGGGAGAUGAUGGAGAGACGCGCCCAGGAGCGGAUUGUUUUUGAACAGCAAUGGCGGCAGACAAUGCAGAAGCUGGAGCAGGAGAGGUUGCUGUUGGAACACUCGUGGAUGGAACGGGAGGAGCAAAGAAGGAUGAGAGAAGAAACACGGGCAGAGAAAAGGGAUGCACUCCUGACUGCUCUGUUGAACAAACUCCUACAGGAAGAUCUAUAGCCGGAUAAGCUUGCUCUUCAUUUCGUCAGGGUAUAGUUGCAGUAGUGGACAUUGUUUUGUCACCUUGUUUUAGCAAUUCUUUGUAGCUGCUACAUAUAUUAACAUGUGUUUGUUCAAAGAAAAUUGUUUCUUAUAGCAUUUGUAUUAGGUUCCUAGGCAUUCUUUUCCAGUUAUUUGGUGGAGUAAAAGUUAAUUUUAUGUUUAAUUGUGGUUGUAAGUAUCAUACUGUCAGGUAAGUAUACAGAUCAAUGCUAAUACGCUUUAGC